AUGCUGCAGCCACCGGAAGUUGUGCCGGUCGAUAUCUUCAUGCGCACGCAUGGAGCCCGUAUCUUGGAUCAGGAAGAUGAGAAUAAGCACGAGUCGAGGCGCGAUGGACACGAUAUCUAUCUUCCAAAUCAUGUUGAACAUGUGUCGCAUAUUGCUGUAGAUGUGGGCGGCUCACUCGCGAAAGUCGUUUAUUUCACGUGUGCCCCCACGACACCUUCAUGUGAAACGAGCCCAGAUGCUACUCCUGCUGCAUCGGCUCGUGCUCAAGAAUCAGGCAUCUUGGAGCAGGAGUCACAGAAGCCUACACAAGCGACUUCAGCUGUGUACGACUCGCUGUCAUUUCAUCCAACAAGCUUGCGUGGUCGUUGUUUACCUGAGCAAUUUCCUGGAGGCCGUCUCAAUUUUACCAAGUUCGAAUCCAGUAACAUGGAUGCAUGUAUGGCUUUUCUCCGUCAACUUAUUGAGCGCAGCGCUUUGGCGAACAAUGUAACCGUGGAGGAGGUGCGACAGAGUGUGAAGAUCAUGGCCACUGGUGGUGGAGCGCACCUGUUCUACCAGCGGUUCAAGGAUGAGUUGGGUGUGGAAGUGCAGCGAGAAGGUGAGAUGGAAUGCCUCAUUACAGGCCUCAACUUUAUGACACUCAUUCCUGAGGAGGUCUACUGGUUCUCAGAUACAUUGGUGGAUGAUAUGGACCUAUCAUUUCCGAAAAAUGCAGCGCAGCUGCCGCGAGGCGACUCGAGUCUUCUGCCCAAUGCAGAUGCAGAUCUUCCACGACCCAGCCCAAGUCCGCCGCUGUAUGCGCCCAUGUUUGAAAGCACUCCCAAGCCGAAACUGCCGUGCCUGUUGGUGAAUAUUGGCUCAGGUGUAAGUAUUCUCAAGAUCGAUGAGUUUGGCCAAUUUGAACGAGUCAGUGGCACCAGUCUGGGGGGCGGCACGUUAUGGGGUCUGUUGGGGCUGCUCACAGAUGCCCAAAACUUUGACGAGAUGUUAGAGUUGUGUGCUCGUGGUGACAACAGCCAUGUCGACAUGCUGGUCGGAGAUAUUUACGGGCCCGUCGGCUUGGAUCACCUGGGCCUCAAGGCCUCGACCAUUGCCUCGAGUUUCGGCAAGGUCUUUCGUUGGGAUCGCCGCAGUGCGUCGCCUGACACUACCGAUGAGGCACCGCGUACUGCCUCGGAGCGGCGUCGCGCUCGUUUUCGCCAGGAGGAUAUUUGCCGCAGUCUGUUGUAUGCCAUUAGCAACAACAUUGGGCAGAUUGCACAUAUGAAUGCGGAAAAGUACAAGCUUGAUCGUAUCUAUUUUGGUGGUUGCUUUAUUCGAGGACAUCAAGCAACGAUUGCGACGCUCUCCUAUGCUAUCCGGUUCUGGAGUCGGGGCCGUCGCCGUGCAUACUUUUUGCGCCACGAAGGCUACCUUGGGGCGAUAGGCGCCUGGGUUCGGCAGAUUGGGUCGAGUCCCUCCGUGCCCCACCACAUCCAAGUGUCAGAACAAGCGCCGCAGCAACACGCAGGUCAUGUGCAGCGGGAAUCUGGACCAGAACAAAAGGUACCACUGGCGUCUCAACCGUCUCAGCCGUCGACCUCGUCGUCGUCGCCGCCCUCAAUAUCGACAUGCCAGUCACAUUCACAUUCUAUUCCUGCGAUGCUGGCGGAAGCUCUUGGUCGUACGACCCUGGAUGGGCCUUCCACGUCAGGGGAUCAGACAAGUAAGGAAGGAGUUGAUGGCAAUGGCGGCGCUGAGGUUGCUCCGGCCGUUGCAACAGCAACAUCCGAACCUCCGAGUGAUACCUUAUCUGGCUUGCUCGAUGAGCUCGAGGUUCUCGAUAAGCAAGGCGUUUCAUCAGAUCCCGACUCGAUUCACAGAAUCAUGGAGCAGCUCGAUCGUGCACACCAAGUGGCUGAUGCUAUUGAGUCACGGGUGGAUCAGCUGUUAGGCAAGAUUCACACUUUGUUGCCGAGUGAAGCAUCCUAA